AUGGGGAACAGGCACAGUUGCAUUGUAGGCUCGCUGUCUGUAUGUUCUCUGUACUUAUUUUAUGUACAUAUUUACUGCGCUCACAGGCGGUUAAAAGCAAACGUAGUCAGCAGCGACAAACUUCCCAGUGUUGUGUAUCUGUACCUCAGAUAUUGUACUAGAGUUCUCACCCGGAGAACAGGUCGCCUGCACAGAACAGCUGCUGCACACAGGCGUGAUCCUGUUUACACGGUCCUCAACUGCAGGCUGGAGACUCUGUUGUUGAGGAGGUUCUGCAGUGCUGCAGGUUAUGGUUGGGAUUAUCCAGACACUGAAUACAGAGACAUCCCGCUGUGUUUCCCAGAGUUCCUCUGUGGCAGACUGCUGCUUAUGCUGCUGACUGAUGAGAACUUCGGACUCAACCCAGCAGGUCUAAUUCGUGUGCAUCAGAGUUUGAAAACCUUUGAGCCUGUGGAUGAACUGAAGAAGGGUCCCUUUAUGCUGCGGGCCCAAGUCUUGUCCUACAAGCAUACUGAUGCAGGGGUGGAGGUGGACGUCUGUCUGUCUGCCACUUCCCGUUCUGGAUGCCCAGUGUGGGAGAGCGUCCUGACUCUGCUUUCCGAAAACAAGCUUCACAAAGCCAGAACACACUUACCGAGGAAUGACAGCAAGAAUGAGCAGCAUUUUGGCCAACCACCAGAUGAGCCAGAAAAUGUGAAGCAGGUAGAGCUCACAGUCCCCAGGACUGUGGAGCUGCAGUGUCCAUGGUCCUUCUCUGACUACUCCCCCCACUGGCUCCUCUCUCUGCCAGCCAGGUUCUUCGGCUACAGAUCUCAGGUGACACCAAGUCUCUGGAUGCUGUCUGUCUGCUUGGCUGAAAUAGAAAAGCACAAAGGUGUUGACGUCAUCACAGCUCCUGUCAGCAUCUCUGUCCAGUUUAAGGAGCCUCUGUUGGUACCAGGAAAAGUAAAAAUCAGGUUUUGGGAGGAAGCCAAAGAUGGGGCUCAGUCUUCAGCCCGAGGUCUCAGCUUCCACAUGGAGGAACAAACAUGCAGCAAAUCUCACAUGGUGGGACUGAUUUCUAGAUCAUAAUCAACAGAGAAGGUUGACAAUUGUUGUUCUGCCCUAAAUACAGUAAAAUGCAGAUUUUUCUGUUUGGACAAUACAGUGUAUUUAUGUAAAGUAAGAAUGAGACAACCAGCUAACCCCUAUUCAAGUAUCUUCUCAUUAGUAAAUAAAACGUAUUGUUGUCUUGCUAAUUUCACUCGCUCUUGCUGAUGUCAUAAUUUGAACUAAAAUAUAUUCUUUCUAUGUCCUGUAUGAAUGAAUUUAUAUGUCUCUUGGAAACCUUAUAAAGCCACAGGUGUUUCCAAUGUAUUGUUCUACAGACAGUGCUGAUUAUUUUAAAUUAUGACGCAGAGCUAUGCACAGUCAGUUGUUGACAGCGACGUUUCAGGAAGACUUGCAAGCUGCUGCAUGGCUAAUCUGUCACAGUGACAAAGUGAAGGAAAAUAUCACUUGUUUAAAUGUGGUUAACACUACGUUCAGCUCUGCUGCAAUCUCUCUAUACCUAUUCUAUGUAUCUAUGAGAAUUCACACACCAGUAAUGAGUCACACAUCUGUGACACAUGGCGUUAAUAAGACUGUUGAUGGUGCUUGUUGAAUGUUGUCACACUCUUACUGAAGGGUUAGUUAAGUUAACGGAUAUUCUGGGGGACAAGAUCAUGUAAUGUCACAUUUGUCCAGAGCUGUCUGAAGCAAUUUCUUAGAUGACUUGUUAUAACUGAGGACAUUCAGGCCUUAACUGACAUACCAGCAUCCAGCAAUCAACAGUCUGUUCUCCUCUUUGUCUUGUCGUCUGUGUCAAUUGUGCCAUUUGAAUAAUGUUGCAUUCGAAAGUGGCCUUUAAUAGUCACUGGUCAAAGGAGUGUCCAUGUACUGGUCACACUAUCGGAUUAUUGCCCUUUGAAGCAACACCAGACUGAGGUUUGGACUAAUUAUUGAGAAUUUUUCACCAUUGGAACAGCUCAAAGUCUUUUUGUGCACAACUGGCUAAAUUUAACCAUUUUCCAAGCAGAGCAAUGGCAAUAAAAUUUUAAACUUUUUCUCUAAGUCAGAAAUAAAGACUACUUGCAAUGCUGUGUUUACA